CUUUUCUCGCGUGAGGGAGCGUGCGCUUGCGAAGCGGCUGGGACGAGGCGCCCGUGAGGAAGGGAAGGGAUUCUGGCUCCAAAGGGUUUCCUUUGUUUAGAAAACUGUCAAGCCCUUCUGCUUGAGCGUCACGGCGUUCUGACAGGCUCAGCGUAGCUGCCACAGGCCUUUUGGUUGGGUAAUCAGGCCCAAUGGAUCAAUGGAAUGGCGCGUACGGGCAGCAGGGACAACAAGGGUAUGACUACAACGCUGCUUAUGGCACUACGGGUGCGGGAGCAACAACGGCCGCUUAUGCCACCGGUACUGUGGGCGCUUAUGGGGCAGGCGAUACCAGCACCGCCGCCGGGGCGCAGUAUGGGGCUGGAGCGUACAGUGCUUCAGGAGUGGGUGCUGGAGGCUACGGAGCGACAGGCUACGGCGCGGCAGAUACAAGCUCAGCAGCCCGUUUCGGAGCGGCUGGCGGCACCUCCACUUUCGGUGCGGGGGCCCAGUCAUAUGCGCAGGGCGGAGCGGGAGGGUAUGGCGGGUAUGCUGGUCAGCAGGCUGGGGCUGCCCGGGGGGGCCAAGACCUGGAACAAACUCUCCAACAGAAGCUGUUGGAGAAGCAGCGUCUGGUCCAACAGGAGGCCCUGCGGCUGCAGGCGGAGCGUGCCCGCGCCGAAGCAGAGGCGCGCGCGCGCGCACAGGCACAGCAGGCACAGCAGUUGCAGAUGCAAAGGCAAGCGGAGCAGCAACGGCUCUUGCAGCAGCAGCAACAGCAGCAGGCCGCGCUGGCAGCAGCGCAGGCAAGACCUGGGUUGCAGAGCGCCGCGGGGCGGGGGACGGGGUUAACCGGGUACAGCGGAGUGUACGGAACAGGCGGCGUUCGUGGUCCGGCCCCUUUUGCCCAGACCGGCUUCUCCGGUGGCGGCGGCAUGCAGUCAGCAGCGCAGAUGUACGCUCAGCAGGCUCAGCAACCGCCGAUCCAGACGGGCGCCCUCUCGCCGCCCAACAUGGGUUUCCGGGCAGGGGGAGCGCGUGUCGAGCCCCCCCGAACGUUCCAGGGGGGUCGUGACGAUAGACGGGACGAUCGCAGGGACGACCGCUUCGACCGUCGCGGCCCAAGGGAGCCCUAUCGGGAGGGGUCCAAGGACGACUAUAGGAGGGCAAGGUCUCCCCCCCGCCGGCGAUCGCCCCCGAGAAGGUCCCCUCCUCGGCGCAGGUUCGACAGCCCUCCAGCAACCAGGCGGACAUCUCUGGGGUCGAAAGGAGGAAAGGUCGAGCCCUUCACGUGGUUGGAAUACGAAAGGGAUGUCCAGUCAAUUACUCGAAGGUACCCCAGGCUAGUGGUUUCGCCCGAAUUCUCGAAGUUGGUGGCUUGCUGGGUCAAGAGCGAUGCCCUCGACAUCCCGCUGAACAAGCACGUGCAAUUUGAGCACGAGCUCGUCGAUGCGGAGGCCGACGAAGCUCCGGCUCCCGAGGGCGACAAGCACGCGGCUAAGGCGGCUGAUGGCGAGAAAAAUGGGGACGUGGCAAAGCACGAGCCGUCAGUGGAGAAGGCGCCUGAGGCUGCCAAGACGUACCCAGUUGGACACGUCGUCUACAACGCGAAGGUGCUGCUGCUGAGUGGCCUCGACGAAGCCCGCUGGAACGAGCUCUCGACCGAGAAGGGUGGGGAAGAGCAUCUUCACUUUCUCAUCAAGUUCGUUACCCUGCGCCGGAACAAGGAGGCGAUUGCCGCUAUUGGGGGGACCUGGGACAAGGACCUGGACGGGGGAGAUCCUGCCACGUCGGACGCUGCUCUCAUUAGGACGGCCAUCAGAACUACCCGCGAGGCGACGCAGCUCGACCUGAGCAAGGCCCGGAAGUGGGUCAAGUUCGCCCAGAUCCACUACGACCGAACCAACUCCGAAGGAGCGUUCAGCCACAAGGAAGUCACGACGAUUUUCGUCCCCGAUGUCUGGAACGUGGUUCCCUCACUGGACGAAUAUGUCAAGGCGUGGAGAGUUAAGGCACUGGCGGCGCAGCGCGCAGAGCGGGCGAAGAAAGCGGCGGAGGAAGAGAAGGAGAAGGACGAGGAGCAAAAGAAGCUGGAAGAGCAGAAGAAAGCGGCCUUGGAUGCUCUGCUAACAACGUACAAAGACACUGCGGAAUCUGUCAAGGAGGAGCCCGUUGCAGAGGCACCAGAAGCGAAGCCCGAGGUCAAGGAGGAGACCCCCGCGCCUCAGCCUGAAGACAUCAAGAUGGAGGAAGCCAAGGAAGAGCCGGCUGACGAAAAGCCGGUCGAACCCGCCCCUGAGGAGCCCUCCCCCGAGUCCCUCUACACGCGCCGCCCCAGCACCGCUCUGUACAACAAGGAGAAGGCUGACGUCAUCCUGGCGUGGUUCAACGAGCGCAAGCUGACGCUGGCGCCCGGCAAGAAGCCAACCAAGGGCAACCACGUGGCAGCACUCGUGGCCGAUGACCAGGCGUACACGAAAGCACAGGCUGCAAAGGCGGCGGAGGCAGCGGCAGCAGCGGCAAAGAAAGCGGAGCCAGAAACAGAGGCGCCUAAGUCUCCUGUUGUGACCAAAGAAGAAGCGCCGACGCCGAUGGAGGAGGUCACUUCUCAGAAAGAGGAGGGCAAAUCUGAUGACUUGAAUGCAGACGUUAAGGCAGAUGUUGUUGAGGAAGACGAGGAGCUCGAUGAGAAGGCACCCGACACGCCAGCGAUUCACCUCUACACGAAGAAGACAAAGACGGCCAAGAUCCGCUCUAUGAACAUCUCCUUGGAUGGGCUCUUGGACUACGAGGAAGAAGACAGGGAGGAAAGUACCUUCGAGCUGUCCCUGUUUGCCGAGCUGUUCCACGAGAUGCUGGCCUACAAGCACGGCCUCUCCUUGUUGCCGUUCCUUGAGGAGGUGCGUGUGACCCACAACAAGAAGCGAGAAGAGCGCAAGCGCAAGCGUGAGGAGGAGCGCCUGGCUGAGCUCAAGCGCAAAGAGGAAGAGUCCGUCAAGAAGAGGGAGAGGGACGAGCAGGAGAAAGACGACGACGAGCAGCCGGCAGAGAAGAAGGCGAAAGCAGACGAGAACGGGGACAAGAAGGAGAAGGGCGACGAUGCCAAGAAGGCCGAUGCCACCGAGUCCAAGAAGCCUGAGGCGAAGGACGAGACGAAAGACGACAAAGCGAAGGAGGACAAGGAGAAGGACGAGGGCGAAAAGAAGGCUCGCAAGCAGUACGAUGUUAACUGGGAGCUUGUCAAGGUGUUCCGCUUCUUCGACAAGUCCAAGACCGGCUAUAUCAAGGCUGACGAGCUCAAGCGAAUCCUUCAUAACUUGGGCAAGUUCCUAUCUCAGCGACACGUCAAGGAUCUCGUGACGUCCGCCCUCAGCGAGACCAGGAGCGCCCGUGAUGACCGCAUUGCUUAUCGUGACCUGACGGAUGUCGAGAUCAGUGCCACGUCAGCAUUGAAACAAAACGAGUAGAACGUCAAACUGCGGGAUCCUUUGGAAGCAAUGGUCAGCGGAGUUGAUGGGUGGUCGCUAAGAGGGGCAGUGAAGAGAAGCACUGAUCGGACUUGUCUGACAACGUUGCGUUGAUAUUGGGGACGUACAACAUGUCAGCUUCCUCGUUAAAACAAGCCAAAAGGGUGGAAGAGCAAUAGCAAGGAAUGACGUGCUCCAAAUCCCCGUGCAACUUGGGCCCAAGAUCUCUUGACACGUUUCUUCUAGUAUAAGCCCUAGCACUUAUGCAAGUUUCGUUUGUAUUGAAAAACCGCAGUCCUCGGCAAAAGUGAGGACUUCCUUCAACACGUGAGCGACCAUGCUCUCAAAGCAUUUCAAUGGAAUGGUUGCAAGCUACUCUAGCCU